CGAGCUCUUCGACUCCGCCGUUACUCUCCCUCGGAUUCGGAAAACUACUCGCCAAACAACGACUUGACGCAAUCCGAAUCCCCAAGCUCCAACUCGAGCUCGCCCAUGAUCCUCUACCAACCGCCUAGCGUUUGGGGUCUUCUAAGAGGUGCCGCGAUCAAUCUCCUUCUCCCCUUUGUGAACGGUCUCAUGCUGGGGUUCGGCGAGCUUUUCGCCCACGAGGCGGCUUUCCGACUGGGAUGGUCAAACACUAAGAUCUUCCCAAAUUACCGCCGAGCACACGCCGUGGGUCCCGGGGUUGAGAUUCGCGAACUUCCCUCCGAACGUCGCAGGACCUUGAACGACACUACUUCUCUGGAGUAA